UACUAGGGCUAGCAUAGAAAAACGAUACUUACUGUUGAUAUCAGUACUUGUGAUCUCUGGAAUUGAAUUCUGAGUUAGAGGUGAAUGAUGAAUAGAAAUUGAUGAGCAUUUUCGAGAAUUUCAGUUUGUCAUGCAACUAGUGAUGGUACUUGGUUUGCCUAUGUGAACGCAUGCAGAUGAAUAAUCGGAAAUGUUGAAAUGAUUUCUUGAUGAAUCAAACUAUCAAAGGCAAAUUUCGGUGUCUUAUUGUAAUCAGGGAAAUGUGGUUUUCGUGAAAUAGUACUGCGAUUUUUUUUAGUCACGACUUCAUUAAGCGUGUGGAUAAGAAGAAAAAUUGGAUAUCCAACUUCCAACGUAUUAUUAGAAAAUUAUGAAGAUGGCAUUUUGUUUAGUUCGUUAAAAAAAUUUGACUUUAUGCAUUUUCACUUUCCUAUAAAUAUACAAGAUGAUUCGUAUGUAAUUUUAUACCUACUUUUUGAAUUGGUCCCGAUGUGCCGAUUUUUUCCCGAUGAAAUGGAAAUUCUAGAUACUUACCUAUUCAAAUGUGAACAAAAAUUUGAACGUCCCGAAUCAAUAAUUAGUUAGAUUUUUUUUACACUGAUUUUGGCAGAUUCAAAAUCUACAAGAAUCUGCUAGGGUAGUAGCUUUUGAAAAUGGAUUUUGGAUUUUACCGAUUUUACUUAAAGAGAUAAGACUUUGAAAGUUUGUGGUUGGAAUCUAAAAAGUGUUUAAAAAGAGAUUCAAAAAACGUCCAAAAACCAAUUUUUCGAGAUUCCGUGUAAAGAGAAACAUAAUUAUUUAUUAUAGAAGAAUUUUUCAGUUUAAAUGUUAUUCAAAUGUGAAUAGUUUCAGUUUCGUUUUUGGUAUUUUUUAAAAAUCAACGCAACGAUAGAUUAAUAGUUUUGUUUUAUUCAGCUUCAAAGCUGAAGUGUUUUUCGAAAUUAUAAUUAUUGUUUUUGAUAAUAUUCCUUCCACGAUAAAACACUAUUCUUUCAUUUCAAUUCCGCGUUGUUUUUUUUUCUUCAGUUUUUGAUUACAAUGAUGUCUCCUCGGUUAAAAGUUAGGGAGUCGUUAGUGUUGUGCAUGAGAUUUCCGAGCGCAAGCGCCAACAACCGAGUUGACGCUUUUUUUGACGAAGGGAUGUGGUGAAGAGUUUCCCCGGCAGCAAUGAGAUCUUUCACAGAUUUACGCUUUAUCACGACAUCCAGUGAUAUUCAAGACGUGUAGACGGUGCUACGUGUGAAACGUUGAUAAGUUCCGAAAGUCGAAAAUUUGUUUUGUUUUUGAAACAGGUGUUUUUUCAAACAAAGAUUUUCAGAGGCCAAAGGGAGAAGCUGUAAUGAAAGAAAAAUUGAUUUUGAUGAUGCUGAAAAAAAUGACCUACUAAUGUUGAAUGAAAAGCCAUCUUAGUGUUUACUUUAAGGAGAAUGGAAAUUCAUCUUUCACCAUGACAGAAAAAAGAGGUUUUUAGCGCUUGAGUUUGUGUUUUUUUAAAAUGUUGUUAGCCGAAAAAAUUUUGUUUUUUAACAUAUGCUAAAAUUUUAAUUUAGCAAACAAGAAGAAUAUAUACCCGCAUUAGUUAAUCAUAACUGAAAUGGUGUCGGUGUUCGGAGAAAUAUGGUUUUCUAUUUCGGUAUCCGUAUAUCACGAAGUAUUUUUACGAUUAUCGGUGUUGUGUCCGAUUGAACUGGCAAUAUGUUAUUUCGCCUCGCGUUCAUUAUUAGUAAAUCUUUUUAAAAAUCAACUAAAUAAAAGCCGGUAAGCUUCUGCGGUUCGGUAUUUAUGAUUUUUCUCUUUGAAUUUGUGAUCGUUUGGGACGCGAUUUGUGUAAAUUAAACAGCGAUGUGAACGUUGAAAUUCAAAAGUUUUCUAUCGUCCAUCGGGUUGUUAUCACAUCCUCCGGUUCGAGGCUCUCGUGUUCAGUUGGAUAAUUUUAAUUUCGAUUGGUUAAUUCUGAUGUAAUUCCAAAUGCCAGCUAGGAAGGGGCUUCUAGCUCCUCAGAAUACAUUUUUAGAUACCAUAGCAACUCGCUUCGAUGGAACCCAUAGCAACUUCGUUCUCGGAAACGCUCAAGUGCCAUCACUGUAUCCAAUUGUGUAUUGCUCAGAUGGAUUUUGCGAAUUGACUGGUUAUGCUAGAGCCCAAAUCAUGCAGAAAGGAUGCGCUUGUAAAUUUCUGUACGGUCUGGAAACCAGUGAAGAGCAUAUCGUGCAAAUUGAACAAGCUCUUGAAUAUAAGCACGAACUCAAACUGGAAGUACUCUUCUAUAAAAAAAAUGGACCUCCAUUUUGGUGCUUAUUGGAUAUUGUUCCCAUUAAAAACGAAAAAAGAGAAGUGGUACUAUUUUUAGCUUCGCAUAAGGAUAUAACGCAUACAAAGUUAGCAGAAUUACGAACAUCAUGCGACGAGUACGAAGCAGGUGAUUACUCAGAUUCGAAUGGAAAUUUAGAUCCCGAAGCACCGCCUGCAAACUACGGACGAAGAAGAAGUAGAGCAGUGUUGUAUCAAUUAUCGGGUCAUUACAGACAAGAUAAGCCAAAAACCAAAAUAAUCAAUAAUAGUUUAUUACAGCCGUCCUCAGCUCCUUUACCAGAAUACAAAACAGCUGCUUUAAAGAAAUCCAGAUUCGUAUUGUCUCAUUACGGCCUUUUCAAAAGCUGCUGGGAUUGGUUAAUUUUAAUAGCUACGUUUUAUGUAGCUAUCGUAGUGCCUUAUAAUGCCAGUUUUGUUAAUGUUGACAAGCCUUCGAUGGUUAGCGACGUUGUUGUUGAAGCAUUAUUCAUUGUUGAUAUAAUUUUAAAUUUCCGUACCACGUAUGUUAGUAAAAAAGGAGAAGUUGUUUCCAAUCCUAGAUCUAUCGCCAUUAAUUACGUGAAAAGCUGGUUUGUCGUUGACUUAUUUGCCGCUUUACCAUUUGAUUUGUUGUAUGCUACUGAUUUAUAUGACUUAUACAGUGGAGAUGACCCGGGGAGUGGCCAAAUUCAUCUACUAAAGUUAACUCGACUGUUGAGACUGGCAAGAUUGCUCCAAAAGAUGGAUAGAUAUUCUCAAUACAGUGCUAUGAUUUUAACUUUACUUAUGUUAUCUUUUACUAUUGUUGCUCAUUGGCUGGCUUGUAUUUGGUAUGUUAUUGCUGAAAAAGAACGAUCCAAAUUUCCUAAAGACUGGGACCUAGGUUGGUUACAUACAUUAGCGGAUAGGCUAAAAAUCAGUGUCGAUGCUAUAACAUAUGGAGAAGCGUAUAUUACCGCAUUAUACUUCACCUGUUCAAGUUUAACUAGUGUUGGGUUCGGAAAUGUUUCCGCCAAUACUAGUUCAGAAAAAAUAUUCAGCAUUUGCACCAUGUUGAUUGGAGCAUUAAUGCAUGCCGUCGUUUUCGGUAAUGUUACUGCCAUUAUACAAAGAAUGUAUUCGAGGCGAUCUCUGUAUCAGUCAAAAUGGAGAGAUUUGAAGGAUUUUCUUACUCUGCAUCAAAUUCCUGAUGAACUAAAACAACGAAUGCAAGAUUAUUUUCAAACUAUGUGGUCUUUAAAUCAUGGAAUUGAUAUACAUGAGGUGAGGGAGACUCUGAAGGAAUUUCCUGAAGAAUUAAGAGGAGAUGUUUCUAUGCAUCUGCACCGAGAAAUACUACAGCUUCCAAUUUUCGAAAGAGCAGCUCAGGGUUGUCUGAAGUUGUUAUCAUUGCACAUCCGAACUAAUUUUUGUGCACCGGGAGAAUAUUUGAUUCAUAAAGGUGAUGCAUUAUCUUCCAUAUACUAUCUUUGUAAUGGAUCAAUGGAAGUAGUUCAUGACGACAUGGUUGUGGCAAUAUUAGGGAAAGGUGAUUUGGUAGGUUGUGAUAUUAGCACUUGGUUACAACCAAAUGCUAAUGGACAAGGAAGUGGAGGUAAUACGGGUCCCAAUGAUACCAUUGUAAAGUCGAGCUGCGACGUAAAAGCCUUAACAUAUUGCGAUCUUAAAUGUAUAAAUAUGCAAGGUCUGAUCGAUGUACUACGACUUUACCCGGAAUAUCAGCAAGAAUUUGCCCAUGAUAUCCAGCAUGAUCUCACAUAUAAUUUAAGAGAGGGAUACGAAGCCGAGGACCUCGAUAUCAAUGAAGUUCCUGUUUUGACUCUACCAUCAAUCAGUGAAGACGAUGAAAAUGCUCAAGAUGAUGGCCAAACAUCGCCAACAUCACCGCCUCCUAGAUCUCCUAUGCACGGAAAUGGCAGUCCUCGACAGACAAGAUUCAAUACCAGAUUUAGGCACAGCUUCCGGAACGAACAAGAACAAAAAGUAAAUGUAACGCGACUCGAUACUGAAGUUACAUCGUUGCAUAAACACGUGGCAACUUUGAGUCAAGAGGUCAGGAACGCUAUCCAAGUGCUGCAGGAAUUAGCUUCAACUAACUCUUCGAUGUUAGCAAGUCGAGGAGGUAAUCAUUUACCUGCCUCUAACCCUAAUCUUCCAGAUGCCAACCAACAACGGUCUCAAAAACUUCAAAGAUGUUCGUCUCAUCCUCCGGAAAUAUUCUCAUGGAAUUCUUUAGAAAAAACAUCUUGUCGAAUGGUCAAUAAUAGUUGCCAGACCGAUGAUAUAAUGAUCCUAUUUCAUAAUUUUGUUUUAGAAAAUUCUGAAAAGGUUUUACAAUGGUUAUCAAUAGAUUCCAAAAAAAUGUUACCAUCUAAUUCGAGUUCAGACCCAAGGGAAUAUUUAUUGGACACAAAACUCAAAAGUUUAUGGAACUGUCGUAAAAAUAAUCUCCCUGAGUGGAUGAAUGAAACAUUUCCACCUCCUGUAUUUUGGAGGUCUCAGAAUCAUCGAUAUAGUGUUGGUGAUAUAGCUGAAAGUUCGGUAAAAACUCGAAGUCAGAUUAUUUCAUUGCCUUCCACAAAAUCCUUGAAAUUUCAUCCAUUAAUUUAGUUAAGAAUAACUAAGAUGUGAUUUUUAUAUAGAAUCAAAAUAUGUAUGUAGAUAGUAGACUUGUAAAAGAAUAGAUUGCCUAUUUUUAAAAAUGUUACCUUCAUUUUUGUACUUCGCAUACCUAUUAUUGAAGUUUUUUUACUUUCUUUUUUUCUGGUCGCUCGGAAACGGAAGAAUGCAUUCCUCAACAGUCAACAUUCAUCUCUCUCCUGUUUCCAAGCGUGAAAUAAGAAUGAAUAGGUGAUACAAAUAUCACGUAUCGUCAGCCGAAGAUUUUUUCCAUGUAGGCCUAUUUUAUUGAUCUGUUCUGGUUAGAAACCGGCAAAUUUCAGAUUUUGGUCAUAUACUCCAAGAAAAAUUUCUGUACUGAAAAAUAUUACAAUAUAUAAGGAGUGUAAUUCAAUCAUGUGCAAAGCAAUUUGACAUAACUACUUACCUACUUGUAGUUUUCUAUUGAACUAUUCUACUUAUUAGCAGUAUCUUGGAAUAUAUGUACUUUAAAAAAAUUCAGAACAGCCUUACUCAGUAUAUUACAUACUAUUUUCUUAUAAUUUUUUCAUUCUGCUAUAUGUAAUUCCUAACUGUAUUUUUUUUACGUAAGCAGUCUAAUUAUAAUGUGAUUGUCGUAUAACGUAUCAUAUAUUUGUGUGUUUUUCUUCUAAAUGUUAUCUUUCUCUUUUUAUAUCUUAUUCUAAAUUAGAAUUCGCAAACACAUUUCUUCCAUGUUGAUAAAAACAUGUUCGUACAAUAGGCCUAAUAAUAUAUAGGUACAUAUGUAUUUUUUUCAAAUAGUUUAUUUUACUUAUCGUCGCCGACUUUUUCCAUGUUUCCAAAAUUUUGGACGGGUGAAAUUUUUUUCAAUUAUUUUAAUUAUUUUACAAUAAGGUAAGAAUUUUACAUAGUUGAAUGUUACCUCUUUAUUUUUAUUAUGCAUGUGAAUUUUGAAUACACUAUUUUUUUCUACCAUACGUAGGUAUACAUAUUUAGAUCAAAGUCUAAUUUAUGAUGAUUUCAAUUCAGCCCAAUUUCAAGUACCUUUUUUAAAAAAUCAAGUCAAUAUUAUCUAUUUAUCUACGAAACAAAUUUCAUUUCAUAACCCUACUGAAAUUUUCCAAUUCAAACAAACUCAAAUGUAUUUAAUAUUAUUUAAAUUUUUCAAAACUUACGAUAUGGAAUUUUAAGCUAAAACUUUCCAUUCUCAACAAUAAAACUUAGUUAACUUACCCUUAAGUCGUUAUAAUUUGUCAACUUAAUGGCUGUGUUUUGUAAAUAAUUUAGAUUUUACGAAAUCAUUCGAAUAAAAAUCUUCAUUAUUAUGUAAAUUUUAUUACAAUAUUCUAAAUAUAAUUAUUUGAAAAAUGUUUUUCUAUAGGAAAUUUCCAUUUAAAAUAAUCGACCUUAUCUUUUCUUGAUUAUGUUUUUCUGGACAGUUGAAAUACGCCGCGCAAGCCAAUUUCGUUAUUUUCAUCUCAGGAGAUCAACGAGAUUGUAAACAUUUUCGUGAAUAUAUUACUUUUAUCAAUAUUUCAUCCACACAUUUGUUUGUUGGAAAAACUAAACAUAUCUAUUUCUGUUUCUGAAUGACUUUCUUUUGUAUGUAAUCCAAUUCUCCUUUCUUUAAAUGAAAAUUCUGUAAAGUUUCAAUAAAUAUACACGAUCAUUAAA